CAUAAUUUGAUCAUGUUACCUACAUAUUUUAGAAUUUUUAUUAGAAAGUAAACACAAAUUUUAGAACUAAUUCAAUUAUGUUUAAGUAUUAAAUUUUCAAUGUUCUUCCUUUUGUUUUGUGAAUCUUAUUUAUUUUAUAGAAUUUUAAUAAAAAUACUUAUAACAGUUUCAAAAUUUUAAAUUAACUAAAUUGUAUUACUUGUAUACUGGUAUAAUAUUUAAUGUAGGUAUACUUUACUAAUUCUAGUGAAAUUUAAUUAAAAUGAUUAAGUAUAUGAACAUCUUAACAUUUCAGGAUGGAUAAAAAUAAAACUACCAAAUCAAAUACUCCUGCUGUGACUAGUAAAACACCAAGUAAAGCACCAAAUACUCGAAGCGGUCCAAGUAUUAAAAUAAAUACACCAAGUAGAAAUUUCAAUGCUAAUCGGUCCAAUAAUGAUAAAAGCUCAGGAAAAUGUCCAAAUCUCCGAUCUAAAAGUAAUUUAACCAGAAAUGAUAAUAGAAAUACUGGUGGACUUAAAAGUAAUGUAUUACCUGAUAUAGAUGUAUAUACAUAAACUUUUAAGUAUUUUUCAAUUUGUUAUAGACAUUACAUGCUCAAACAUUACCAUAGAAAGAAAUGGUAGUUUGCCAAAUCUCAAUUUAAAUGGUAAUAGGACACAGUUGGAUAAAACUACACAACUUCGAUUUGCGUAUGACAAAUAUUUAAGUAGUUUAGAAGCAAAAUAUGUACUCCAAAGGACUGAAACAAAAAUAAAUUCAAAUAUUAGUGAACAAAAAAAAAUUUUUUUAGAAGAAUUUGAUAUGCUUAAAAAACAACUACAAUCUUUAAGCAAUGAAUUAGAAUUAACAAAAACAUUAAAAAUAGAGAAAAAUAUUUUAGAUAAAAAAUUUGAAGUAAUAGAAUUGCUACGUGAGUAAAAAUUAUAAAAUAAUAUAAUUAUUAAUGGUAAUAUUCAACUUUUAUUUUAGAUAAAAAUGUUGCAAUUAGUAAAUCGGAUGAAGAGCUUAUGUCAUUGUAUACUAAUACAGCAUCUAAAGUUGUUGUAAAAAAUUUUAAAGAAAUGGAUGAAACUGAUUUAAGUAAGUUUAUGUUAUUUCAUACCAAAUAUAACAUUAAAAGUAUAGUUACCUAUUGUAUUAUGUAAACAAUAAUUCAUAAAUUAAGAACUAAUAAUUACAAUGAAAUAAUUUCACCUUAUUUAUUAUGAAAAAUUAGUCCUUAUACUAUCUUCUACUAUUGUUAGUAUAAAAAUAAUAAUUGUUAAUAUAAAAAAUAUAUCUUCUACUAUUGUUAUAUUUUUUUAGAUAAAAUAUACUGUAUUAUUGGUUGGUAUAUUAAAUGUUUAGAUGAGCAUUAAAACAGAUUUUGUAAUAUAAUUAAUAACACUUAUAGUUAAAAGUAUAGGGAAUAAUUUUAAGUGAUAAUUAGAUAACCUUCAAAAUUGUAUUAUAAAUUACAUAUUUUUUGUUUCUUUGUAGAUACUGUUAGAUCCUUGUUGAAUGAAAUUAUAGAACCAUUGAAACUACUUGAUUAUGAAAAUAAAAUAAAUGCACGUAUUCAACUAAAAGAUUUAUUAAUUAAAGUGGUAAUGUUAACCAAUGAAUUGGAUAAUUAUAAAUUAAAGUAAGUAUUUUAUACUAUAUAGUAUUUAUAGUACCUAUAUUACUAUUAAUAUUAAAACAUAUAUAAAGGUUUUAUCUUACUAAAUUAAAUCGUUUUAAAUGUAUAUUAUUUAUAAGAUGUGAAGAGUUAUUUGAUAAACAAACCAGUAUGCAAAAUUAUAAUUCCGCAUUAAAAAUAUUACAAGCUCAAUUUGGAGAAAACCCAGAUACAACAUUGGUAUCAAAUAGCGAUAUUAUGCAAGAUAUUCAACAAUUAUUAGACGAAAUAUAAAAAGUAAAACUAAAUAUUAUACUUUAAUUAAUGAUGUUUAAACACUGAUUUUUAAUGUUGAACUGAAAUGAACCAAAUAAAAUAUUUAAACUUUAUCAUUAUUAUUAUGAAAUGUCAACAUUUUAAUAUUAUUUAUGUAUAAUAUUUUAAUUACAUUUUUUAUUUAAUUGUUACAAUAUACAUUUAUUUGGAAGUCGUUUUUUAAUAUAUCUAAUAUAAUAGUCCGUUAAACUAUUUGUAUUACCAUAAUGUAGUAUAUAUUUUAAAAAUGUACAGUUAAUAAUAGUAUAAUGUAAUGAUAGUGAAAGAAAAUCUUUGUCGUGUAUUCAAUUUAAGAAAAUUGAUGAAUUAAUCAAAUUGCACUUAUUAGGUGUAUUGCCUAGAACAUUUACAACACAAACACAACCUAGAUUUGUAACAACUAAUAAAUUGAUUGGCAAUAAUUUCUUAAGAGGACGCCACAACUGUAUUUACUAUCUUCAUCUUACAAACGCACGACUCAAGAAAUUUGCAUUUAUUAGGACAAAUUUUAUGCUGUUAGUUUUAAUAUUCAAACAAAUUUAUUUAUUUCUAAACUCAAAGGUAAGAUUAUAUGUGCCCUAGAUGUUUUUUUGAUAUUUUUAUUGCAUAUACUCAUAUUUCGCUUAGAAAAAAAAAUAUCAAAAAACCGUCAACACUACAGUACAUAUAAUAUUAUUUCCUUUUAAUUUGGUAAUAAAUCAUUUUGUUUUAGUAUUUAAACUAAUGGCAUAAAAUUUGUCCUACGGAAUGCAAAUUUGCUGUUUCGCGUGUAUAAUACAGAAACAGUCAGUGUGGCAUCCUCUUAAUUACUUCGGCCUUUUUAAUGAAAGCCAUAAAUUGAUUAAGUUUUUUAGCUAAAUCAACGCGUAUUAAUAUGUAAGUUAUAAUCAUAGAUAGUACAGUAACUUAUAUAGUUACUUUAAUAGCUAUGAUUAUAGUAUUAAGAUAUGAUUUUUGAUAAGAGAGACUGAUAAAUUUUUUUAGAUGAUUACUAAAAUCAUUGAAUCGAGUAAUUCAAAAACUGCCAAACAAUAUUUGAUUUAAGAACAAGCCACAGGAUUUUUUGGUAUCUAUUUCCUAGAUAAUUUAAUGGUACUUCAAAUUUGUAAGAAAUUAUUUAAUUCAAUUAUCAAUAAUUGUAUUAUGAAUAAUAAUAUAUCAAAAAAUACAUUUUGGAAAUUUGUCCUCCUUUUAAUAGUAUCAGGUUGGAUAUAUAGGUAAUUGUUUCAUGCACAUAGUCUUCAAAAAGAUAUAAAUUAUAAAAUAAUAGUUCUGAAGAAUUCUUGUUUUAUUAUUAUCAUCAACAUUAUUGCUAUAAAAAUCUUUUUCAAAAAUGUUCAAAAGAAAAAAAAUAGUAACAAUUUUGUUUUUAAAUUCUUCUUGUCCAUAAAACUUUUUGAAUAAUGGUUGCCGCUAAAAAAGCUUAAUAUUUUCAUAAUCAGUAUUGAGAAACACGUCUUUUCAAAAAAAAGAAAAAUUUUAGUAGACUUAUUCUAAAAAAGCCAAUUUAAGGAUAUAGAAGUAGAGCAUUUAUCCAACUGAACACAAAUUUCCUUAUUCCCUGAAGUACUUUUGCAUACAAGACAAAAAAAAAAUAGAUAACAUUAUUUUAUUACAUUGUAAGUAACUUUAAAUAGUUGAUGUUCCCAUUAAGUCUUAUUUGAGUAAAAUAUAAUUUAAAAAUUACUCGAAUAAGUAUAAUAUAAUAUUAUGUAAUAGAUAAAUUGUAUAAGUAUAGAAUACUCUAUAAUCAAUUUCUU